AUGGACCGAGUGACCAGAUACCCCAUCUUCAGCAUCCCCCACUCACCAGGCAAGGCCGGCCUGGCCCUCAAUGGGGACACCAGCUACACAUUCCAGCUGGUGGAUGUGGAGCCCUCGGCCAGCCGCUGGGGCCCAGACAAGUCUAUAGUGCAGACAGCUAAUCGCAAGGCCCGGCUGGAGGUGUUGAGGACAGGGGCACCUUGCAGCCUGUGCACCUUCCCCAGCCAGGAGUCCUUUCAGCCAGAGGACGAUGAGGAUGAGGGGAAGGCCUACUACCUAGACACAAGGCCUGCCCUGCCCAGGCAGCCACAGGACCUGGAGAAGGAGCGCUGGGCAGUCAUCCAGGGCCAGGCGGUGAGGAAGAGUAGCACAGUGGCCACGCUCCACGGCACCCCUGACCAUGGGGACCCCGGGACCCCUAGACGACCUCAAUUCAUGGCCCUGGAGGACAAUGUGAUCGACAGGGAGCAGAUCGACUUCCUGGCAGCAAGGCAGCAGUUCCUGAGCCUGGAGCAGGCAAAUGCGGGGGUCCCUCAGAACCCCCCAGCUAGGGCGGCCCCGGUCUGUGCCCCACCCAGGGUCAGCCAGAUCCCCAAGACUUUAAACAAGCCACCCCUGGCCAAUGGGUAUGUUGCCUCAGUCAAGCCCCAGGUGAAGAAGGUGUUCAUGCAAGAGAAGAGCGUCCGCGGUCUGUCCACUGGGUCUGGCGUCCAAGCUGUGGACGGCCCUGGUUCCCAGCCCCAAGCAGGAUCACUGGAGGUCCCUAAGGAGACUCCCAUUGAGCGGGAGAUCCGAUUGGCCCAAGAGCGCGAGGAAGCUCUGCGUGAGGAGAGGGGGCUGCAGCGGGCGGUAAGCCAGCAGGAGCUGGUGGAGAUACCCACCCGGCCUCUGCUGACCAAGGUGAGCCUGACCACAGCCCCGCGGCGGGAGAGGGGGCGCCCGUCGCUCUAUGUGCAGCGCGACAUGGUACAGGAGACGCAGCGUGAGGAGGACCACCGGCGGGAGGGUCUGCAGACGGGCUGGGCGUCCACGCCCAACAGGGUUUGCGAGGGCUCUGAGCCGGGACUUAGGAGAGCACUCAGCUCAGACUCCAUCCUUGGCCUGGCCCCAGACGCCAGUGCAGCCAACCCUGCUCCAGAGCUGAGGAAGGUGAACCGCAUCCCGCCUGAUGCCUACCAGCCUUACUUGAACUCCGGGACCCCCCAGCAAAAUUUCUCAACCUUCCCUGCUUACGGCAAGCCUAGUGGUCUCUCUGCAGAUGCAGCCAAGGCGGUGGCCUCACCCAAGGCUACAGGGUCUCAGAGGCAUCUCUUGGAAUCCUCUGGAAAACCCUCAGGCACAAAGCAGGAGUUCUGGAAGCCCCCCAGGGGACCUCCACCAGCCAGUGGGGGUGUCGUGCGAUGGAAGUACUUCCGCCUGCGUCCCCUGAGGUUCAGGGUUCCGGAUGUGCCCCAGAAGGCUGAGGUCCCCAGAAUCUGGGGCUGGGAAGUGGCUGGGGCCCCCGUGUUGAGGCUACAAAGGUCCCAAUCCUCUGAGCUGCUGGAGAAGGAGAUGGAGGACGCCCUGAGGCGGGAGCGAGAGGUGGCCGAGGAGCGGCGCAACGCUCUCUUCCCGGAGCUCUUCGAGCAGCCAGACUGUGACCAAGACUCCAGGAGCUCCUCCCAGGCAUCAGGCAUCAUGGAUAGCUAUUCAGUGUCCGAGUCACACUUCGUCACCCCGAUCCACUUGCACUCGGGCCUGGUGUGGAAGGCAGAGGCCCCUGCCGAGGCUGGUCCUGGGCAGAGAAAGAAGAAGGAGCAGUGGUACGCCGGCAUCGACCCCAUGGAUCGCGUCAACUCGGAGGUCCUGGAAGCCACGCGGGUGACCCGCCACAAGAGCGCCAAGGCUGAACGCUGGGAAGCCGGUGUCUAUGCCAGCGAGGACGAGGACUAA